GAAAGAAAGAAAGAAGAAGAAAUCGCGAUUCUACAAUCUCCAUUGGCGACGAAACAGCGGUCCGUAACAAACCCUAGAGAACACUUCCUUCUCCAAUCAAAUUCACGCGGGAAAAUCGAAAUCCAAUAGCUUAUCCCCUAGCCGGUUUUCUAGUUUAGCUGAUUACGGUUUUCUAUAGAGGGGAGAGAGGUUGCGAUUCGUGAGAUCUAACUGCCUUGUGAAACGUUUGAUCAUGGUAUAGCCGUUAGUUUUGCUACAAAUAUAUGGAUCCAGAGAGCGCCAAGUUUGGAGGUCCAAGAGAACUGGGUGGUGCACGAGAUCUUAUAACUCAAUACAAGCUGUUGCCGCACCAUGAGUUCUUUUGCAAGAGAUCACUUCCUGAGUCACUUUCAGAUGCUCAUUACCUUCACAAUGUGGUGGGCGACACAGAUAUUAGAAAGGGAGAAGGAAUGCAACUGGAUCAGCUUAUUCCAAAUGCGUCACAUAACCGAGACGGAAAUGCUCGCAUCCAACCUUUUGUUCUAGAUGAACUUAAGGAGGCUUUUGAGCUUAAUGAUACCUCUCCUGUUGAAUUGCCUCCGGCAGAGAAGGGUGCUCUUACCAUUGCGUCAAAAUCAAAAAGCGAGUCAAAAGACAAGGACAGGAAGCAUAAAAAACACAAGGACAGGAACAAGGAGAAAGAUAGGGAACAUAAGAAGCACAAACACAGACAUAGAGAUAAGAGCAAAGAUAAGGAUAAAGACAAGGAUCGCGAGAGAAAGAAGGAAAAAAGUGGACACCAUGACAAGAAAAGGAAACACAAUGGGAAUGAAGAUCUUGAUGACGCUCAGAGGCACAAAAAGAGCAAGCAUAAGAGUUCAAAGGUUGAUGAGAUGGGCACACGAUAAAGGUUGGAGGCUUUUGAUGAGAUGGGCACACGAUAAAGGUUGGAGGCUGAAGUGGUGGAGACUCUCAGCUUUUGUAUUACACAUCCAAGUAGGUGAAGGUUUAGAGGCAGCUACCCUACUCACUGUUGAAUACUUUGUUAGGCAAGUGUCCAUGUGUAUUUUCGGUCCCUGAUGUACUGGAUACUGCUGAUAUAUGACAUUAGAACCCAAAUUUUUUAAUUUGUCAGACAAUGAUCAUGUAUUUCUCAGCUGCUCCGUUAGAACUCGAUUAUAAUAAACUA